AUGGCCGAAGAGGCAAUCGAGCGUCUGAAGAAGCUUCAAAUGGAGGACCUUGGGACGCUUAGAAGAGAGUAUAUCUCGACUGUUGACACCAAGAAGUUCAGGAAUAUUCGCCUGGAGGAUAUCGAAGCCACGCGAAUGAUAAAUGUUGCUGGAUCAGACGCUGCGCGUCUGGCCCAAGCGAAUCAAGCACGCCUCAACGCUUGGGCAAAUGCACACAAGGAUUUAGGUGACCCAGCCGAUCAAGAGCCUUUAGACCAUCUUUUAAACGGCCAGAGCCACCGUCUUGGACUGCGCGCCGUGAUAGAAGGGAGCGGUGGCCAGUCUUACUCAAAAUCCACCAAGAAGAAUGAUAAUUUCCUUCAGGUUGCGGAACGUGCUCCGAGCGGCCGCUAUGCAUCAACGAGAGGCUCCAAAACAAUUGGCCGCGGCGGUGGUGUCAUCGGUACAAGAGGUCGUGAAACAAAGCAGACCUCGCCGAACGCUCAGACAAGAGUCACACACCAAGGCGCCGUCGCAAAGCUGGGCAACCAUGUGGUCCAGUCCCCUCACGCCAGGAAGCACCUGCAGGAUCCUGCUCUUGAUAUUAAUAAUGAACCGCCGAAGAAGACUAGGGGUGUAUCUGGCUCAAAGUCGCAAGCAGUUGUUAAAGGUGGCGUGAAAAAAGACCUCCUCCUUCUCAAAACAAGACGUCCUGUUGGCAAUACCGAUUGGUCAAGAGUCCUCAGCCCUCCUGAGGACUUUCUUUCUAUUGCACGCGAUCGUCUGGUCAAUGCGAGGGCUUCGAAUGUCCCAAAAGCUGUUCUUACUACAGGUUCUGAGCAAACUCAAGUCACCGUUUGCCAGCGUGGACCAGGGGGCGUUAAUUACGAAGGUUCUCAAGCUAUCAGCCAACCUGAGGACAUCAAUGUGAGCCGAGCAUAUGAGGACUCCAUCGUUUCUUUCCGUUCAGACGGAGACUCAGUUGCAAUCGCUACGCCCGUGUCCUCUAAUAACAGUCAACCAUCACGGGAAAGCAUAGCCCAGGCAGAUCAUACAGCGAGUGAAAGAGACCAGCGAUUUGAACCCAGAAGACUACGAUCCCCACCGCAAGAGAAACCGCAGCAAGUCAAAACCACCCCCGAACAAUCAGACGACAAAGCUCAAGUUGGGAAGCAAAACCAAGACGUUGAGCUGGUUGAUGUCUCAACGCCGCCGUCCAGCUCACCUCCAAUCGUCCAGAGCAAAGAUCUCUACUGUGCUAAUACCCAAGUCGAGGGGAGGACUGGAAUUCUCCUUGACUUCAACUCCACUCCUCCAAGGAAGAGUCUUCGGGGCGUGGAAAACAAAUUGUCGAUGAGCCCAGCCCUGCAAGAUUUGGAAGGCAUCAAUUUCCAAGAAAAUGUUGCACAAAGUGUUCUUUCGAGAACAGAAACCCAGAUAUACUCUUUCAGAAAGCCUGAGCCAGUCGGUUCGAAGGACUCUCCCAGCCUGAGGAUUGGAGAGAGCACUGGUGGUACGACGAUCUCUACAUCUGACGAUGCACCAUCCGAUCUGGCUGCCCUCCGAGAAAAGCUCGCACGCCUUUGCAAAUUUGUGGAGGAAACAUUGCGCCACCAUGUGCCUGAGCCGCUCCGAGACAUGGACUUGCAAGCUCUCAGGAAGUACGAACAAGAGCUCAAAGACAUACUCUCCUUGCACCAACGAACAGUGAAGGAAACUGCCUCACGGACUGCCGAAAAGCGACAGGAAAUUCUCUCAUCUCACACACCUCAGGGAACAGAAGCUGAAACAGCCAUGGAAGGAGAACAUUCCAAGAUAUACUCCCCCACACCCUCGGUCAGCUCUCCUCCCGUGGAAGCUCCUUUUGAGCAAAGCAAUAGUAGACUUAGUCUACGUUCCGUGGAGACAUCUAGUCCGUCUAAAUUCAAUGUGCAAGCGAAGGAAUUUGUCCCAACGGGUGCUGCCAGGAAUCCCAGUUUCAGCGGAUGGCGUGAUACUAAGCCUAGCCCUCCAAGCUCAUCAACGUCCGAGUCACGAACUGGACAGUCGCAGCAUUCUCGCCAGAAUAGUCAAGAUCAUAUGCUUAUUGAUUCGAGUGUUCCUUUUUCGUCACGAUUUGCAUCUCAGCCCUCACCGCGCGGACGUCAGGCCAGUGAGAAUCAUAUCUUUGGUGAUCAUUUAUUACCCGGUAGGGCAAGACUCCAUGGUAAGACAAAUGGGAGCGAAGCAUUAUCGCCAGAUAAGAACACGUUGAAGGGCACGUAUUACUACAUGUAUGAUCUCUACCUACCAUUGCUGACCCUCAUUUGUGUAGAGCCGAAUGAUUCUCGUUCGAAAAUCUUGACUCCAACCAAGCCACUGGCCCUUACUGUGCCUAGAGCAGGACCUUCCGUCUCCGAAAGCAUAAACACUACCGGUGAACCUUCUCCGAGGCCUUUGGGGUUGGCAACCACCGCGCCAGGGACUGGGUCUAACGCUGUGAGGUCAAAUUCAGACUCUGGCCAAUCUACUCCUACUCCUGUGCCCAAGGCAGUCAAAGCAAUAUAUAGAGCGAAUUCGAAGGUGAGUGCCCAUUCGCAGGUGAAUGCAUUGCAACGGUCUAUGCAUGCCCCGAAGGUGCAAGAGAAUCCCAUGACCAUGAAAAAUCCAAUCGCCGCAGCAUUGGGCGGCCUCGGAGGGUCGAUCUAUGCAACCCCCGUGGUGCAAAAGCCUACUGUUGCAGCACCUGAGAAUCGCAAGUCCAGUGGCCUUCAAGGCUCGAGAUGGGCAAGCUCUGAGACUCAAAAACCACUACGUUGA